AAUCCUGGUAUGAUCGAAGCAAGUAUAAUCGCCUUGUAUCACAAGUGAACGUUAUUGUUAUCGAAUUAAAAUGUGUCGGCAUGCAUGAAAUUUCUUACAUCAUAAUAUUAUUGCUGACGCCGCAUGUAAAUUGUUGGAAUACACUUUUUGAUCAAAGCCUCACAAAAGUGCCCAUAUACAAUAAAUUUGACAGACCUAAACACGAAAGGUGGCAAUCAUGAAAGAGCUGCUGACAAAUCAAGCCACUGUGGGAUACAGUAGCUCGUUUGUCAACAAUAACAACAAAGAUGCAGGCACCAGUGGUAUCACAAGCGAUAACAAUUCGAGGAGAUAUGCCGUGCUCAGUACCGAAUGGAUCUCUGCCAUCGGCGAGGAACUGGGCAUGCAUCCAUUGUCGGAUCCUCUUUUACACAGAUUAGCCGAAGAUGCUUCCUAUCGUUUGAGAGAAGUUCUACAUAAAUGUGUUACAAGACUUAGGCAUAGUAAGAGAAAACGUCUAACGUCCAUGGAUGUAAAUGCUGUAAUCACCAGCUUAUGUGACGCUGAUCCAGUCUUUGGUGCAUCAGAAUCCAUGCCAGAGUAUCAUACAGAAGCAAAGGUGUAUGUGCCCAGUGAAUCUAUCGUUAAUCUUGCCAAUCAGUUGAAUGAUCCAUUGAAUCUGACACAAACAAAUGUGCCGUUUCUACAAGAAUCUGAGAUAUGCGAUAUGAAGCUCACAGAAGCGCGUCAUAACUAUGCCAAACGUGCAUUGAAAACUUUAUUCAAUGGUUCACAAAAAACUUUUCAGGUUUUACUUAAUGACUGUGCCACCAAUGCACAUUUAGGUGAUGAGGGAGUCAUUGACAAGUUGAUGUCCAUUGCUAGGUCUAUGGUAAUCUCGAAUAACGCGCAAUAUACACGUGUUUCCACAAGAACGUGUCAACUUAUAAUUGCCAUUACUAGAAACAGCGAAGCUGUCUAUCCAUAUCAUUUAACCUCGGUGGAUAAACUAACGGAGUUGUUACUGGAACUGUUAUUGGGUCACAGUUUCAUACAUCCGAAUUUAGAGGUGCUCUUCAAAGAGUGCGCGCUCAAAUUGAUGCUUCGCUGGCCGUCGAUUGCCGACAAAUAUAUACCAACAUUAGAGAAUGUUCUUUUAAUAAAAAGCGAAACGGAAAAUAGCGAUAUUUACAAGAAAAGGAUAAUGGCAGUGGAAUUGUUAGCAAGUAUUCAGCCUCUUAUAUUUUUCCAACACGAAGUCUCACAUACGCUUUCGAUACAAAAUGUUUUGUAUUAUUAUGCUUCAUGUGGUUCGAUUAUUUGGCAGCAAAUGGCUCUAGCCGUUUGUGCCCUCACAAGAUUGCAGGGUCCUUCUUUGGAUCUCGCUCCUUUGAUCGAGCAUUACGGAGACUCGUUGUUACCUUAUUUACCCGCUAAUCGCGAUGAUGCGAAAAAUAGCAGGAAUAGGAAAAUUGGCACACUGCCUAUUAUUGUGAAAAGCAGAAUGAAAUACGUUAAAGUCAGGCCAUUGCUUAACAAUAGAAUGCUUUGGGACCGACAAACGGCGUUUCCGGAUUCUACUCUAAGAGGACCGAGGCGGGAGAUAAGAUUUGCGUUUGCUGGUGGUCGUCCGGUUCCACCCAAUAACUUAAGACGUGUCAGUUUAAGAGCUAAUUAUCAAAUUCUGAGAAGCGACCUUCAGGCCACUCUCGCUCUAGUCGCGUCGCGUAGGUUACUUGUAAUUAAAGAUAGAAAGAAGGGUCCCUAUAAUUUUUAUAAUUUAGCAAAUGUUUGUCUAUAAUUGAUAUAUGAAGAUCGAUAUAUAAGCUUUAUUCGAAUAUUUUAGCAUUACGUGUAUGUAUGUAUGUAUGUAUGUAUGUAUGUAUGUAUGUAUGUAUGUAUGUAUGUAUGUAUGUAUGUAUGUAUGUAUGUAUGUAUGUAUGUAUGUAUGUAUGUAUGUAUGUAUGUAUGUAUGUAGGUAGGUAUGUAUGUAUGUAUGUACGAACGCUGUCAUGAUUAUUCGUUUUGUAUUAAUUAUAUCAGUGGAUCGUUUCUAUUAAUUAAAACUCAAAGAGAUCGUCAUUGCUUCUUUUUCAUGAAACUUUUUUUACUUUUAUUAUGAUUUCUAGAUGCCAAGUUUUAUUGUCAUCUCGUCAAUUUUAUUUUCUAUGACACAAAUUGCUGUCUGCGUCAGUCAAGAAAAAAAGUUCCUGAAAGUUUCUAUGUAAAGUCUUUUUACUCUAAACUAACAUUUUUUUUUUGUAAAUUAUGUAAAUUAUGUAAAAUUUUUUGUAUAUAAUAAGUGUAGCGGGAGAGUACGGGAAAGGAUUUUUCUAAGUCUUACGAGUUACAUUUGUACAAAUCUUUUUUUUUUAAAGACAAUCCUGUAGACCUUGCGGUAGCUCCAUGUGCGUCAAAUGCGAGUUAUUUAGGCGAGUGUGUAUUUUAACUGGUAGCUAAAGGGAGUUAAUAAAAUACAUUUUUUAAUUUUGUAA